CGCCACUGUUGUGUAGUGGGAGGAAGUGAGAGCACCGCGAAACAACACUUGUGGUAGAACAUAAAAUGAAAUGUUUUGAACGAUUCGAACGUAGUUCUGUGUCUAUUAGCUGAUGAGAACGUAUGUUUCGUGCCGAUUAAAAAUUAGCUCUCUCUCUCUUUUUCUCGUUUUAAUACAAAUUACAUCUAACGAAAAUACAAGUGGAGUUGUGCCUUAACAAUAUAUAUAUAUAUAUAUAUACAUAUAUAUAUAUAUAUAUAUAGAUAACUAAUUUCGUGGUACUUCACUUACGACGUUUUUCAAGAAUUUCGAAAGAUAUAUACACAUAUUAAUCCUUAAGCGAGGUGUAUAUAUAUAUACACACACGCAUUCGUAUAUAUCAUAUUAUAUUAUUAAAAAAAAAGAAAACGAGAUGAGGAAUCUAAUCUUUACCACCAUUUUUCUCAUUUCUUUUGUGACAAUGCGAGUCAUUGGAUCAGCUAUACCUAUGUGGGAAUUUCUUUCGAGAGAGGAAAAAGUAAAUGAACCGUUUGUACAGAAUGUUUAGUCAACAAGCGACACAAUUUUGUGCUGAUUCAUCGAGACCGGAUUGUAAUAAGAAUUUCUUAAUUACCGGUUUACGAAAUCUUGUUAAUAUGGACGAUAAUGUUCUCGAUAAAUUGGAUCCAUAUCAACGUGGUGCUAGAGAAAUAAUUUGGCGAACUUUAAUAGGAACAAAUAGACUCUCAUCCAGGACUAAUAAAGAUGAUAUCAAAGGAAAUUAUUUUCCUACAAAUGGACUUACGAUAGGAAAUGAUGAUAGCGAGACGAAUAGUAUUACAGAGGAAAGCGUGUCAACGAAUGAUUACAUUCACGUUGGUCCAUAUUUGAUCGGACCAAUGGUAACACGUGUUUAUCCGGAUGGACGUCCAGUUCCAGAUGAUAGAAUGAGAUUUCGGCCGAGGGACGAUGACAUCGAUGAAUUUAAAUACACUAUGCCAUUAUUAACAUCUAUAAGUGAUAUCGAGGGAAAUUUUGAUAGAUCAUCUUACAGAAAUAAACGUUUCAAUAAUGGUAGAAAAGAUAUGCCAUUGAUAAGUGAACUAGGCCGAAGAAAGGAAACAACUAACGAAGGACAUAGUGAAGGUUCACCGAGAUACAUAACACUUAGGCGAAUAUCGAUCGAAGAUCAUGACGUAGAUUAUCAUUGAACGAGUAUCCACAAGGUUUUCUUUCGAAAGUACUAAACAAAAAACAAAUACAACUCGCAUUUCUUUUUCUAUAUGCGAGGAGAGAUCGCUUCGUUCGCGUUGGAGAAAGAAAAAGAAAGGGAAAGAGAGACAGAGAGAAAGAGAGAGAGAGAGAGAGAGAGAGAGAGGGAGAGGGAGAGGGAGAGGGAGAGAGAGAGAGGAAAGAGAGAGAACGCGAAGACUGAUUGAUUGAUUAUAGAAUUUUUAGAAAUUAUAAUGUAUUUGUAUGAAUGAAUAUGAAAAGGAAGGAAAGAUCAUGAAUAAUGAAAAAACAAAGUGGUAGUUGAUACAUUGUUAAAAUGAACAUUAAGUCCCACCGUUAUGAAUUUUAUUUAACUUUUCUAAUCGUUCAUUUUGAUUUUUCUUUUUCUUUGUUAUUUAACAGAAUAUUUUGGUUAUUACAUUACAAAUAUAAUGUACACAACGCAACCUUAUUGACUAUAAAAUAUUGAUUAAUAAAUGGACAUAUUCGAUGAUGAUAAUUAAAAUCAUCGAAAUUUAUUCAAUCUACCAUAUGUAUAUGUAUAUGUAUAUAUGUAUAUAUGUAUAUGUAUAUGAAUAUAUAUAUAUAUAUAUGUACUGCAUGAUGAAAUGACGAUCAUCAUGAAAAAUUUUAUACGAGUGUGUACAUAGAAACGUUCUAUUUAUACGUAUAUAUUUAUAAUAUGUAAAUAGAAAAUAUAUAAGAAUAAUAUGUAAAUAGAAGGUAUAUUAAUUCUUGUUUUUUUUUUUUUUUUUUAUUUAUUUAUUUUAUUUUUUAAUUAUCAUAUAAUUUUAAUUGCAUAGACAAUUUUGUUUAGUUCACCUUUAUAAUGAAAUCUUGUCCACCAAAAUUGGUCAAGAAUUAUGUCCGGACGUCGUUAUUUAUCAUAAAUGCUGUUUUCGACCUUUUCACGUGAAAGAAAGAUUUUUUAUAGCGAGUGCCCUUUGAACUUUACGGCAAAAAAAGAAGAACUCGUAUCCCUAUCAUCGAUUUUUAUAUGAACGUUUGAAUAGUGUCUAUUUUAGAAGUAUAACAUGAUUGCUAUUUCGUUUAAUGCGUAAACCGAUCCAUAAAUUAUCUGAUUUAUUACAAAUGCAAUAAAAUGCAUUUCGCAAUUCUCACACAGAGGAAUUACAUUAACUCAUUCAAACAAUUUAAAGAGCUUCCGAUGAUGAUCCUCUCCGAUGGUAAAAAUAAGAAAAUAUAUGUUCAGCCAUUCAUGCCAAUGGAUUUUGCUUUCUAAAAAUUGAAAAAAAUAUUUUUUUUAUAUUUAGAAAACUGAAAAAAUAUUUUUCUAAAAUUUAACAAUAUUUCCUUUUAUAUUGUAUAUAUUAAAAAUAUAAGAAUAUUAUAAAAAACGUUUAGUAUAAUAGCAACCAUUUAGAUUCGUUAUUUAGUAUAAUGAUAUAUAUUAAAAUAGUAGAUUCAAAACAGGAUGGAUUGCGUUCAUAAUUUUUUUUUUUUACUUUAUUAAUAUAAACGAACAUAAUGAACUAAUUUAUUCUUUUUGU